AUGACGGAUCUCUGUAGGACGUGUGCAUUGCGCACUCAGCGUUCGGCUGUCUCUGCUCUUCGUCGCAACACCCAGACUCGCUCAUUCACUGCCUCGUCUUCUGCUCAAAGGAAUACUGCCACCCUACCUGUUUUUGCCGAAACCUCGUCGCCCGAACUCGAUGAUGUCCUCCUCCAACUCCGUACCAAACACUUCAUUCCCGCCUACCUGAACAAGCGCCAGCGCCAUCUCAUCUUCGGAGACAAGUUCAAGCAAGAACUGGAAAACAACCCUGCCUACGCAACUCUCGGCGACGAAGAGAUCCCUCUCCUUCACAUCGACCGCAGAAAGGAUAUCCCCGCUCGCAAGCCUUUGGUCCUUCAAGCACUGCGCCUGAUCGAGGAGAACGAUGAAUGGCGUCAAUUGCCCUCUCUCCUUGAGGGUCUGCACAAAGCCCGCCCACACCCGGAUCUGGCCCUCCAAGAGAAGAUUUUGAGAAAAUUGCAAUUGGCCGAUCAAUUCCCUGUUAUCCUACGCUCGCUGCGACGAUCGCAUGCCACUGGCCUCACUCUCAAGAACGACGCCGUGCUAAAUCAGGUCCUCAAUGCAUUGCGCGAAACCGCUUCGCUAGAAAAUUGGGAGCAGACUCGGUUGGAAAAGGCAUUGAAGCAGGCAGAUGAGUUGGCUGAAUUGCUCGAGUCGGCAGACCACGGUACAGGAAGAAAACUGUCACCAGACGACCCUAGGACACGUCCUGCUGUGAUUGGUCUGUUCUUGGAGUUGCAUGCCGUCUACGCACAACAAUACCAAGGUGGUCAGGACGUGAGUGGCAAGGUCAAGGCCUACGCCACCAGAUUUAUGGCUACUUUCAACGAGGCAAACCAACCCGCAGAGACAGAUCUCCCAGCAGUCGGUUCGCCGAUCGAGUUCCUCUCAAAGAUGUCCAUUUACCACGGUCUCAGCCUUGCAUACAAGAUUUUGGGCUCUAACAUGCCUGAUGCUGCUCGCGCAAACCAGAUUGUGCAGCAAUAUGAGCAGAGAUUGAGCACGCUGGCCGCUGCUUUGUCAGCGAGAAACCCUGAGCCUAACAGCUUUGCAGCCUCCGCUCUCAAGGCAUGGGAUGCCUGUGUAAGGUAG